ACCACUACGAAACCUUUCACCUUUUAAGACCUUUCAUAUUUUUUAUUUAAACUUUAAACACUGCACGAAUGUGAAGUGGUUAAUUCACCAGAAGGUCCAGGCCACCUUGGAUGAAGGUCUCCAUUUAUAAAAUGAAUCGUGGAUAAAACAUCUUAUCUUAUCCAGGACAAGCUUUAUCAGUUUUAGAUUUUCUGCCAUGACGAUAAGCUCGGCCGAAUAAAAGAUAAUUAUUUGACAAGGAUGGACCAUAAAAAAAACGAAAGCCCGGUCAAUUGGUCAAAAUAUGGUCUAGGGCAGGAAAAUUAUGAUAGAACGAGUGAAAACAGAAAUGAGUACGGUAUUAGCGGUCACCAGCCUGCUGGGCCCAAUGAAUUAUUCGCUGGUGAACAGAGUGAUACUCCUUGGUGGAAGUCUCAAUUCUUUAUAUCAGAACCGAUACUUUUUGGACCAAUAGAUGGUGUUUUUACAUCGUGUUUGAUAAAUGUUUUCGGGGUAAUAGUUUUUCUCCGUUCUGGAUGGAUUGUCGGCCAAGCGGGUGUCCUUAAUGCAAUACUUAUGAUCUUAGCAACAGUUGGUAUUGCUUUGAUUACUGUACUGUCAGCUGUUGGGAUAUGUGAAAGGUGCAGAAUGGAAAGUGGAGGGGUGUAUUUUCUUCUUGCUCAUGUUUUAGGACCUAGAUUGGGUACUGCUUUCGGUCUUCUUUAUGUGUUUGGCCAGGCUGUGGGAUGCAGCUUAUUUGUCCUCGGUCUUGGGGAAUCCCUGGCAGAAUUUGUUGGCCUGGAGGGAAAUCAUUGGGCCCAAAGGGGCUUUGCAAGCGGUGCAGUUCUUCUGUUAGGUGCAAUAAACAUGGCCGGUGUUAAAUGGGUCGUAAAACUUCAGUUUAUGCUCCUCAUCGUUCUUUUACUCGCAGCUCUUGACUUACUCGUUGGAAGUUUUGUACACACAGAUAUACAGAGUGGAUUCAUGGGAUGGUGGAGAGGGAUGAUCAGUCAGAAUUUAUAUCCUGACUAUUUCGACGGCUACAACUGGUUCACUGUAUUUGGUGUAUUUUUCCCGACUAUUACUGGUAUUCUCGCCGGAAUAAAUAUGAGCGGGGAUUUAAGGAAUCCCGCUAAAGAUAUUCCAAAUGGUACACUUGCUGCCGUAAUUACAGUGACUGUUCUUUAUUUACUAUUUGUAAUUGUUUUGGCUAGCACAUGUACAAGAAUGGCUCUCCGAAAAGAUUUUAUGAUUUCUGCCAAAGUUUCAGCUUUAAGACUGCUUUUACUGGCCGGAUUAUAUGUUUCUUCAAUGUCCAGUUGUUUAGGUGCUAUGUACGGCACACCAAGAGUUCUUCAGUCAAUUGCCAAUGAAAAUGUUAUUCCUCUCUUAAGAAUAUUAGGAAAAGGGAAAGGACCAAACAGAGUUCCCAUAUAUUCUCUUGUACUUGUCGCAUUUGUUACAAUAAGUUUCAUAUUAGUUGGUGAUAUAAAUUCUCUUGCUCCUGUUGUCACCAUGCCUUUCCUUAUGAUGUAUGCUAUUAUAGACUAUGCCUAUUUUGCACUGGCACAAACUUUUGAUUUGCAGAACCACCGUGAACAAAGAUUUAGGCCAUAUGAGAAACCAAAUUCAGGUUCAUCGCCAUCAUUGCAACAUAGUGAUUUUAGCAAUGAUUUAGAUUCAUUGUUUCCUGAGAGAAGUCAUCAUCGAAUGUAUUCCACCAUAUCUGCCACUCCCAGCCCUGAACAGCCAAACCCUCCUAGUCAUAUUGUUCACAAGAAAACGGCAAACUGGUAUUCAAAUUUCUGCAACAGGUGGCUUUCCCUUUUUGGGGCAUUUUUGAAACUUGGCAUGAUGUUCCUGGUUCAUUGGAGCUAUGCUUUAGUCAAUUUGGGGAUGGUCUUUUUAAUAUGGCUUUACGUCGGUCUUACAAAUCCAGCCGUCAAACCGGGGGCAGCAUCAGAGUUCAAAUUUUUCAAGUGGCUUAAAGUAGCUCUGCUUCGCAUAUGCGGGAAAAGAGGAGUCGAUUAUGAGGAAAUUGUUGUCUCUCCUCACCAUCCCGGAGUCCAAACUUCUCCUUCGCAGCUUACAGAAGAAAACGAAGAUUUUUCCAACAGGCAGAGGUUUCAUCAGACAGCCACAAUUCGUCCUCUGUAUCAUGAUGACCCCCUUCAUAGCAACAUAGAGAUACUGAGAUAGUACAUAUUAGGACUGUGAGUUGUAAUUUUUAUUGCAACAGGUAAUUAAUUUUAGUUUCUAAUCGUAAUUUUUUUAUUUUUUAUUUAUUUUUUAAUGGUGCUAAUUUGGAAUUAACAUUGGGUUUCAUAAUUUUUUUAAAUUUUAAUAAUUUUAAAACUUUUGUUUUUAAACUGAAACAAUUUAUUUGCAUUUUAUUUAAAAAAACAAAAGGCAAUAUAAAUAAUUUAAGUACAAAACAAUCAGUAUUAGAAAUGAUUUUUUAAAAAUUUACAUCAAUGUGACUUUUGAGAUUUUAAUUUGUACUAAGUAGAAAAUUAGUAAUAUUGCUAUUUAUUUAUUGAUUAUUGCCUUAAUUUAAUAUAAACAAAUUCCUUAAAACAUUAAUAAAUAUUGUUUGUUUUGAACUUUGAAAAUAAUCAGAACUCACCAAUUUAAUAUGAAAACUAAUAAUUGCUUUGCCUUGAAUCACCGCUUUGUUUAAAUUCAAUUUGCAUUUAGUUAUUAGUCUUUGAAAGCCUUUUGAUACAAACAAAGUAUGCCACAUACUUAAUUUGUGCUUAACAAUAUUCCAAAAAAAUUGUUUGGCAAUUAUUCAUUUUUCACAAGACCUCCCACUGCUUGUAGCAUAAGAAUGCAUAUUUUUCUCGCUAAAUUUUAAGUCAAUGGACCACAUUCCAAUAUAAAAUAAUGAAUCGAUUUUUUUUCCUUAAAAAUAUGAGACAUUUUAUAUUUUUAUAAUAUCAAAAAUGUGGAGAUGAAUUUUAAAAUGCUUAAUGCAGUUGUAAUUGGAGGUGUUUUGUACAUUUUAAACACUAGCAGCAAAAUUGAUGUCUACAAUAUAUUUUUUUUAGUUAACAAACUUGCUAAUUUGAAUUAAUUUAAAUUAUAAAUAAAGAUAUUGCUUGUAGUUUAGUGUACAAGUAAAUUAAAUGUGAUACAAUUGAUAUUAAAUUAUUACCUUCCUAA